CCCAAUCCAUCGGUUCCACCAAACCCUAACGAUAAAUUUUGCACGAAUUUAAAUUUCAAAUAAUUUGAAGGCAAGGGGAUCACAAUACAGUACAAUACAAUACACUACAGCACCCCGACUCCUACUCUUUAUGUAUUGUAUGCGUAUAUACUCUCUACUCCAUUAACCCUCUCGCUCAUUUUCUUCACCGAAAAAGAAAGAUUCAAUUUUGGCGGCCAUUCGUGUUCAAAGCCUUUUUUUUUUUUNUCUCCCCUUUAUUUCAUUUCGUAAAUCAAUACCGUUUGAGUGAGAAAGAUCCGAUUUUCUUAUCCCUCUUUUUCCAUCUCAAGGAUCGCGGAUUGAAAUCUCAUCAAGUUACGUUUUGGUUUUCAAGAAAUUGGCCCCUUUUUAAGUUCAUUGCAUGAGAUUCGCAACCCUUACAAAUUGUUCGUUUUAGAAAAUUAUGCUGUCUGGAGUGAUGGAGCCGAGCGAGGCGGCGGCUGGAACAGUGGCGGCGCCGGUGGUGAGGCAGCUGGAUUUCACCGUCAAUCUCAAGUCCGCGGUAAAUUCUAAUUUGAUACUGCCGGACCACCCUCAGGCUCAGUUACAAUCAAAAUUGCUCGCUUUGGCUCAAUCGAGGCAGAUUGCUGCACCCGCAAAGUCCCAAUCUCCUCCUAGAAUGGCGGCUCAGACGAAAUUGCCCCCGAGGAAAAUGGUAAUGCCGCCCAAAUCUCCCCAGCGGGAACUUCCUCAGGUCUCGGGGACUGUCAAGUUACCAUCCGCAGCUCCACGUUUGGCUCACCCCUCGAAAAAAACUGCAGUCUCUAAGCCUCCGUUGCAGCCAUUUCUGAAGUUGGAGUCCCCAAAAUCACGAGAAAAGGGUAAUCUUGAACCGACCGACGGUACUCCAAAAAAGCAGAAACAAUGCAAUUGUAAGAAUUCUAGAUGCUUGAAGUUGUACUGUGAGUGCUUUGCCUCUGGGGUUUAUUGUGAUGGAUGCAACUGCAUUAAAUGUCACAAUACAAUAGAACAUGAGGCUGAUAGAAAGGCAUCAAUUGAAACUGUUUUGGAGAGGAACCCUAAUGCAUUCAGACCAAAGAUAGCUAACAGUCCACAUGGAGUUGCUGAUGCCGGUGUAGAGCACAAUAAGGGGUGUCAUUGUAAGAAAUCUGGGUGUCUCAAGAGGUACUGUGAGUGCUUCCAGGCCAAUAUUCUAUGCUCGGAUAAAUGUAAAUGCAUGGACUGCAAAAACUAUGAAGGGAGUGAGGAGAGGAAAGCUCAUUUUCAUCAGUAUCCCACAAAUUCGAUUGCACUAAUGCAACAGGCGGCCAAUGCUGCCAUUAAUGGAGCUAUUGGAACUCCAAACAGGAAGGGUAAAACUCAACAAAUUGCUUUUGGGUUGGCCAAUAAUAAAAAAUUGAGUAGCUGGCCUUCACAAUAUCAUCAGCAUCUUUUGCAUGAUGAAUCUUAUUUCCCUUGUAAUCAGGAACUUUGCUUGACAGCUGAUGCCUCUAAAUCCUCAUUAUCUCAUCACCCGUCCAAACCAACAUUUGCGCUUUCUAAACCCUCCUACAGGUCUCCUUUGGAUGGGAUCCUCCAAUUACAGCAUGUGAAGGACUUCUGCACACUGUUGGUCGAACUUUCAGCCGAAGCAGCUCAGAAUUUUUCAAAAGAAAACCAAACCAGUAGCUCCUCAGAUAUGACUGAGCCUGAACCUGCACAAGUAUCUUCAUCCCAUGAUAGCAAAGAUCACCAAAACCAAGAAAAUGGUGAAUCAAAUGGAUUUGAUAUUCACAAGGAAAGACCAUGGUCCCCAGCAACACUUGCUUUAAUGUGUGAUGAACAAGACACGGCAUUUAUGGCAGAAAAAGCUCCAUCUUCAAUUAUUGAGCCCAGUCCAAGCAUGAACAUGAAGUCAGCCUCCACAAAUGGCCUUGACCAGUUAUAUGUUGAACAAGAAAGGCUUGUGCUAUCCAGAUUUCGUGGUUUUCUUAACAGAAUCAUCACCUGUGGCUCAAUUGAAGAAGCAAAAAUAGAUCAUGAGACCAUCUAAGACUUGUGGAGCAAAGUACCUCCAGAUGAUUGAUAAGUGCGGUCAAAUGUAGUGUACAAUUUUGUUGAAGCUGUUUGGAAAUGUGAAGUAUAGUAUUACUAUGUGUCCAGGAAUCAGACAAUUGCAUUCCCGCUGACGACCAUAUCUUGUUUAUUUGAUUGAUCCAAAUCGACACUCUUUUAUUUAAUUAUUGGAAGAUCUUUUUNUGUUAAAAAAAAAUCAUCCAUAAAUGAGAAUUCCAAAAUCAGCUACAUAUAAUUAUU